AGAUGACUGUGUCCGCGGGGCUCACACAGCGACAAGCCUGAACGGCCGCACAUCACUAGAGAAGACGUCCCUAGUUUCCAGGCAGAGAAAAUGACACACAGGAAUGGGAAGGGAGUCACUUAAUGGAUUAGAGGCUGGCCGAGCUGGGACCAGAACCCAGGUGGCCUGGCUUCCGGCCCAGCUGACCACACUGCUACCCACACAGCCUGGGCUGACCAAAGACAAGCAGCCCAUUGAGCGAUCACACAAACAACGAGUGACGGAUGGUCAGAGCGAGAAACAGGCACAGAGCAACUGCAAGCCGGUCACAUCCUGGUCCCUACAUUUCCAGGCAGGCCUAUAAUGUGCAGUCACUUAAAUGACUUUGAUCAGCAAGUUGGUCCAGCUUUUGGGUCUGGAAGCGUUUUGUGGUCACUACUAAAAGAAAAAAACUUGGCCUUGUACUGAGGGUGGAGAAUGCCUUCGGUAGUGGUGUUAAGACGAGAGAAAUUUACUCAAGGAAAGCCUUGGUGAAACAAGAUGGAAUUCAGCUUUCUUUAAAAAAAAAAAAAAAAUUAGAGUACUCAUGGAAAUGAGAGAAACAGCACCGAACCACCGAACCGAUCACCAGGUGGAGACUUGAAUUUUGAUCUAUGUCCUACCACAUCCGGCUUCCUGAAAGAACUUGAUGGUCACAUGACCCUGGACAUGGAUGCUGUCCUGUCGGAUUUUGUCCGUUCCACAGGAGCAGAGCCAGGGCUAGCCCGAGAUCUCCUGGAAGGAAAAAAUUGGGACGUGAGUGCCGCCCUCAGUGACUUUGAGCAGCUCCGUCAGGUCCAUGCUGGGAGCCUCCCCCCACCCUUUAGUGAAGGGAGCAGUGGCUCCCAGACCCCCGAAAAAGGCUGUUCUGAUAGGGAGUGUGCGCGCCCUUCCCGACCCAGCCUGCAGCGGCAAGAUGACAUCAUUCAAGAAAAACGCCUGUCUAGGGGCAUCUCCCACGCCAGCUCCAGCAUUGUCUCCCUAGCCCGGUCCCAGGUCUCCUCCAGUGGUGGGGGUGGGGGCAGCAGUGAGCACCCCCUGGAAAUGCCCAUCUGUGCCUUCCAGCUUCCGGAUCUCACUGUGUACAGCGAAGACUUCCGCAGCUUCAUAGAGAGAGACCUCAUUGAGCAGUCCAUGCUGGUUGCCUUGGAGCAGGCAGGGCGUUUGAAUUGGUGGGUUAGUGUGGACCCCACCUGUCAGAGACUUCUUCCUUUGGCAACUACUGGAGAUGGGAACUGCCUUCUGCACGCAGCUUCUCUUGGGAUGUGGGGCUUCCACGAUCGGGACUUGGCACUGAGGAAAUCCUUGUAUGCACUGAUGGAAAAGGGAGCGGAGAAGGAGGCAUUGAAAAGGCGCUGGAGGUGGCAGCAAACACAGCAGAACAAAGAGUCAGGGCUGGUGUACACAGAGGAAGAAUGGCAGAAGGAGUGGAACGAGCUGAUCAAGCUUGCCUCAAGUGAGCCGCGAAUGCACCUCGGUACCAAUGGAGCCAGUGGCGGAGGGGUGGAGAGCUCAGAGGAGCCUGUGUACGAGAGCCUAGAAGAGUUCCACGUCUUCGUCCUCGCUCAUGUGCUCAAGAGGCCGAUAGUCGUCGUGGCAGACACCAUGCUGAGGGACUCUGGCGGGGAAGCGUUUGCUCCUAUUCCCUUUGGGGGAAUCUAUCUGCCCUUGGAGGUCCCCAUCAGCCAGUGUCACCGAUCUCCUCUGGUGCUCGCCUAUGAUCAGGCCCACUUUUCUGCGCUUGUGUCCAUGGAGCAGAAGGAGAAUGCCAAGGAACAAGCUGUGAUCCCACUCACAGACUCAGAGCAUAAGCUGCUGCCCUUGCACUUUGCAGUGGAUCCAGGCAAGGGCUGGGAGUGGGGCAAAGAUGACAAUGACAAUGUCCGAUUGGCCAGUGUAAUUCUGUCCCUGGAGGUCAAAUUGCAUCUGCUGCAUAGCUACAUGAAUGUGAAGUGGAUUCCACUGUCCUCUGAUGCACAGGCUCCUCUGGCGCAACCUGAGUCCCCCACAGCAUCAGCUGGAGAUGAGCCUCGGUCUACGCCUGAGUCUGGGGAGUCAGACAAGGAGUCAGUUGGCAGCAGUUCUGCCAGCAAUGAGGGCAGCAAGCGGAAAGAGAAGUCCAAGCGAGAUCGGGAGAAGGACAAGAAGAGAGCAGAUUCCGUGGCUAACAAACUCGGAAGUUUUGGCAAAACCUUGGGCAGCAAGCUCAAAAGGAACAUGGGAGGCCUGAUGCACAGCAAAGGCUCCAAGCCCGGAGGGGCGGGGGCCGGGUCAGGGGUGAACAGUGGCACUGAGACACUGGAGAAAAAGAAGAAAAAUUCACUGAAGAGCUGGAAGGGUGGCAAGGAAGAGGCAGGCGGGGAUGGGCCUGUGUCUGAGAAGCCCGCGUCCGAGUCUGUUUGUAAUGGAGGCAGCAAGUAUAGCCAGGAAGUGAUGCAAAGCCUGAGCAUCAUGAGGAUCACAAUGCAAGGGGAGGGGAAGUUUAUUUUUGUUGGGACGCUGAAGAUGGGUCACCGACACCAGUAUCAGGAGGAGAUGAUCCAACGGUACCUUGCUGAUGCUGAGGAGAGAUUCCUGGCAGAGCAGAAGCAGAAGGAGGCAGAGAGGAAGAUCAUUAAUGGAGGGUUAGGGAGUGGGCCUCCCCCAGCCAAAAAGCCAGAGCCAGAUGGUGGGCAGGAGCAGCUGACUGUGGCCCCUGGAGAGUCCAGGGCAGUGGCCUUCUCAGCUGGCUACCCUGGAGGUUUUACUGUCCCUCGGCCCUCUGGGGGUGGAGUCCACUGCCAGGAACCCAGGAGGCAGCUGGCAGGGGGCCCGUGUGUGGGGGGGCUACCACCAUACGCCACCUUCCCCAGGCAGUGCCCUCCUGGGCGACCUCACCCCCACCGGGACAGCGCCCCACCUCUGGAGCCAGGCGUUCACGCCAAGGAUGGAGUUCCCAGGGGCGCGGCGCUGCCACCCCACUUCCGCGUGGCUGAUUCCUAUAGUAACGGCUACAGGGAACCCCCUGAGCCAGACGGAUGGGCUGGAGGUUCCCGGGGGCUUCCCCCAACCCAGACCAAGUGCAAACAACCGAACUGCAGCUUCUAUGGACACCCUGAGACAAACAACUUCUGCUCUUGCUGUUACAGGGAAGAACUGAGGAGGCGGGAACGUGACCCUGGUGGGGAGCUGCUGGUGCACAGAUUCUGAAUGGUGGGACCUUUGAGGGCAAGGGGGCUAAACAAAGUUAAGCUUGACUCACUGGCUUGUUGAGGCCCAGCCCCAUGUUGGUGGGGCAAAUGCAUAAAUGUUUGUGCGAGCCUGGCUGGGAACUUUUAAGUGUGCGCGCUGGAGUGCUUGCCAGGCUGGUGAGAGCGCGUAGGGCUGGAUGGUGCCCAAGGGCUGCACUGCUCUGCAGAGCUUGAUGUGGUGGGACUCAGGAGACACGAGAGAGUGGGAGACGGUGAUUCCAUCUCGUAACGCCUUGGGUCCCGUCCUAGAACCUGAGGAAAGCAGUGGGGGAAGGUUUGGUGUGCGGGGUGGGAGGUGGAACAGGUAAAGGAGGUUCUCAGGUAGUUAAAGACAAGACAGACCGAAGUUCUCAGGUUCAAAAAACACGGUGAUGGAGUUGAGAGUGUGAUUGGACAGAUUCACUAUCGACUGUAGUAAGACCUAAUCAGGGUUGAGUAAAUUCUUCUGAAGGAUGUGGAAAGGCAAGGCAGUAUCGUGUGUGCUCUUGGGUACUUGUUAGGAAAAGGAAGUAGUUAAAAUCCCAGUUUAUGGAGAUGAGAAAGGUAGGAACUUCAAAGGGCAUUCUUUCCCUCUUAAGUUUUACUUCCUUCUGCAGUCAUCUGUCACCCACGCUAGUUGGAGAAGACGCAGCGGACAGCCCCUGUCUUUUCCUCAUCCUUUUUGAAGGGUGAGCUCAGCUAAAUUAAGGAGGGCAUGAUUUCUUUAAAAACACAUUUUAUUUUUAAAAAGUUUCCUCUGAGAAAAGAAGACAGCAGUGAGAAGAAGAGCUGUUUCCUUUGAGUUUUCUCCAGGUGAAUGGGUGCAGUGAUUGGUUUUUUAACUACUUAGCAGUAACCAUGCCCGAGUUUGAGUGUGCAGUACCUUGGGACAGGUUGGGGACGGACAGACAUUAGGCCUGACUGUUUGAAACCAAACCAAAAACCUACAUAAAGCACUACCAUCUUCUGCUGCUGUUUCUGUAGAAAGCAACUUAUUUUAUUGACUAAUUUUUUUAAGAAAAAGAAACAAAAAAAUCCCAACAAAAACAUUUUAAAAAAUUAUUAUUUUUUUUCCUAUUUAAAUGAUUCCUUCUCCUUCCUCUCUACGUUUGGAGAAUGAACUUUAACAUCCCGGCUUCUUUUGUUAAGCCAUAGUUGACCUUAAUCUGUGGUUAGUUUAUUAAAAUAAUAAAAUAAUAAUAAUAAUAAUAAUAAUAGUAGUAGUAAUAAAAUACUUUGUAAGAAAAGAUAUUUUUGAUAUUAGGAUUGAUGUUGAAAUAUAGACUGGGGGUUAGGGGAAUUUAUAAAAUGGUAGUUAAGAAAAAUAUAUUUUAGUGAACUAUAACCACAGAUCACAUAUUAUUCCUCAUGAGCUGAUCUGUCUGGAUUUCUCCUUCCCCGGUCUCAACCCUGUCUUCCAGAGGGUAGGGGUGGGGAUGUGGACACAGUAGGGGGAACCCCUUUGUGUUUUGCGCAAAGCACAAGUCUGGACAGCCUGUGCUCUGGCCAGAGCCGUUUCUAAGAGCUUUAAACCAGACAUAUCCUGGGCCAAUUUUUCUUUAUGUUUUUUUCUGGUGGAAAACACAACAAACUAUGCAAUUAUAUACACUCCAGGGUGCAUAUAAAGAAUGGGAAUAAGUGCACUUAAGUGUCCAGAAUGUUACUGGGGCUGUUUUUCUGUACUUGGGUUUCUGUGUUGAGGCGUGUACUAAUCACGGUCCCACAGAUGAAAUCCCCACAUCGGAUCUAGGGCGCACACGGUGUGAGUGUGAGUGUGAGGGUGGGUGUGGGCAGAGGCACUUACUCGCGUGUGUUCAUCUGCCCAGUCAGGAAAGUUUUCAUUUCAUCUUCCCCUUGGUAAAAGCAGCGAAGACCUUCUCACUGUGCAACUACUCAGUUUGAAAGGUUCUUUUCUCCUUAACAGACUUGAAAGUCAUUUAUUUUCCAAGUCUGCUGGUCUGCUGAUGUAAUCACUUCAUGUGGCUAUGAAUUCUUAGGCUUUUAUUUGACAGCAGUUUAGUUUUAGGGAAGCAGUUAGGCUCACAGGAGAUGUGUGUAUUUGUGGGCAGAGCUGGCAUCUGAGACAAGCACUCCCUUUAGGUGCAAAAUUUUAAAAGGGUGCUCAGUAAUCAAGAUCCUACUUGAAAAAAAAAUUCAGAACUUUAAAAAAUCAAUGUCAAAAAUCCGUGUUCAACACAUUAUCAAAAUUUUAAAGACAGGAUCUUACAGGUCCAGAUUAAGGUGUGGGAAGCAGUGGAUUGAGCAAGUACAGGGAUGCUUCCUGUCUUUAUUUACAUUUUUGAUGAGUUGUUCAUCAUGAGUUCUACAUUACUUUUUAUUUGUAAUGCAUAUAGCACCAAAAGAGUGGUUCUUGGGUUUUUAAGCAUCCCUCGUUUUGUACCCUAGGUGAAUGCCUUGUUCAUGUCACCCUGAUCAUUCCCAUUUCUGGGGUUCGAACCACACUGGUGAGACCACCUCGUGAGCCUCCACCCCUUUCCCUGCACUCAGACCACACCAUGGAUGUGCGCAGUUUGGUUUGCUCCCUCGGGACUUGGGGGCGGGCCUGGCCUGGACCAAGCAGAAGGCGACAGCGACGACCAGGGCUUUCCCAGAAAAGAAACCAAGGAGCGCGCUUGCUUCUCCCCUGGACGGCUGUUUGGACUUGAUCUGUUACUAGAUUCUACUUAACACUUCUAUUUUUAAAAACAGGACAAAUGAACAAGAACAGGAACUUUGUAUUGUGUUUGUUUUUAUUUAUAAAUUAUUGAAUCCCAAUCCCUUUGCCCUCCAAAGGAAAAAGAGAAAUUCAAGGGAGGGGAAAGGGAGUCCUAGGGUGAAUAUGAUUAAAAUAGGCUUUGGGCCUUAUACCUUUUUAUUAAUAAAUUAUUUUUUACUUGAGAAGGUAACUGUUAAGGCUUUGGAAAACAUUCUAAGGAUGAGGGACCUUGAGACAAUGUAUAUUUUAAAAAUAGGGACUAGUGAAGUUUGUUUUGCGUUGUUCUUUUGAGUAGGGUUUGGGUAGGAUGGGAAAUCAAGGUAGACAGGGAUCGCUUUGUGGUAUUUUGGGAAGAUGAGGAAUGGGAUCGGCAGCUCUCUGCAGGAGCAUGUUUAGGACAAUGGCGAAGAGGGUUACCUGGCGUGUACUCAGUAAAACCUUGCUGCUGGGCGAGGUGGUGCACACCUGUGAGACAGCACUGGGAAGGCUGAGGCAGAAGGAUCGCUGCCAAAUAGAAGGCCAGUGUGGGGUACAUAGGGGGUUCAAAGCCAGCUGGAACUACAGCGAAACCUUGUCUCAAAAAAGCACAGCAAACUUCCUUGGUCCAAGAGAGGUAUGUGAGGGAGGGGGGACUCUAUCCCUGGGGAAGUAUGACAUCUCUCAGGUUUAAAUUUAAGUGCACUUAGUUCCUUUAAUCCAGGGCACCUGAGGUACCUACUGAAGUUCUUAAUGGAAAGGGGAGAUUUUCAGGGUUCUUUUCCCCCCUUCUGUGACUGCUAUCCCUUCAUGCUAUAUUCUUUAUCCCAUCCCCAGUGGAGCAAAUAUACUACAGGGUAAGCCUUCAAAUCCUCUGCUGGUUUUAUUUAGGGCUACAAGAGUCAACUAUAAGUCUCACCUCAUGCUGAUAACGUGUGUGUGUGUGUGUGUGUGUGUGUGUGUGUGGUACCUGGGCUCGAACUCAGGACCUUGCCCAUGCCAGGUAGGUGCAGUGCCACAGAGCUAAAUCCCUGGAUGAUAGUUUUUUAAGGGAGUCUCCGAUGGGUGUGGUGGUACAUGCCUGUAAUUCCAGCACUUAGGAGGCUGAGGCAGGAUUGCCUUAAAUUUGAGUCAGUUUGAAGUGCGGUAGCAAGAGCCUGUCUCAAGAAAAGAAAAAAAAGGUUGAGACUAAGGAAUAGGGAUGGUGUUAAUCUCAGUGCUGUGCAGGGCAUUGGAAUGGACGUUCCCCUCCCCCCCCCAAAGAAAAGCUCACAGAGCAAUAAAACGAAAGUUGGCGAUUUUGUGCUGUAUCUCUGGGAAAUAGAAAGAAGGGAGUCGGUUCUCAAGGACUUGGGAGAACCUAACCUUUUACUGUUACUCCUUUCAACCACAUGCCCAAGGUUCCCGUCACAUUUUUUUCUUAAUAAAGGAACAUUUCAGAGAGACGAUGUCUCUGAGUUACUCUGA